AUGGCCACCGUAACCAUAGGCAAAUCCUAUUUCGACGCUCUUCUACGCAAGGCUGAAUUUCAUACUUCCAACCAGCCUGUCAGCUACGGCACUGAUCUCUCGGACAACGUCACCAUCAGUAAGGCAGAACAUGAGUACAUGACCCAAGCAGUGCGAGAGUACCACCUUCUUAAGAGCGCUUUAUUCCGUGGAGGCCUGACGAACCAAACCUUGGAUACACUGCUACAGGGCGAGAAUGGUGCUUCGAACGAAGAGCCGUCGAGUUACGAUUAUGAAUCGCAACACACACAUACAAGAUCGCAGGCUACUACUGUAGCAGCGCCUGCGUCAGCUCGUUACCCGAGAGGGUCCGAUCAUACCUCUGCCAGCCACGGACUCCACCCUAGACCUUCAGCAUCGUUCCGUCGAGUCGUCAGCUACGGGGAAUCGGAGUCUUUCACAGGCGACCUGGACAGCCCACCUGACGAAUAUGACGACCGGGAUCGCGGACCAGCCCAGCGUAUACCGCUCCACGAUCAGCGCACUGUGCUCAUCACCAACCUUUCCGAGCGUACCACACAUAAGGACCUGGCCGGCAUUGUCCGUGGCGGCAGACUGCUGGACAUUUUCCUCCGCAAUGACCGAUCUGCAACGGUAUCCUUCAUCGAAGGAGCUGCCGAAUUCCUUGCUUACGCUAAGCGUAAUGACAUAUAUCUGCACAUGAAGAGGCUUGAAUUCCGUUGGAGCGACCGGCAAUUCCACGUACCACCGCAUGUGUCUAACAAGAUCGCCGGCGGCGCUACGCGGAAUCUUGUCGUCCGAGGCGUUGCAGGCAAGGUCACUACAGAUCAGAUCCGUGGCCAUCUCGAUCACAUCCACAAUCUCAUCGUGGUGGACGUCUACUUCAGGAAUGGCGAUGCAUACAUCUCAACCAACUCUAUCCAUAACGCUUUGUUCGCCAGGACCUGCAUGAUGUCGCGUACUAUAUACAAGGGGAUGCGCAUCGAGCCCAAAAAGGCCCACACUCCCGUCACUCGCGUGCCUAUGAAGCCUGCACCUGUGGUCAACCAGUAUGCUCUUCUGGAUACCGGCUCCGACGAUGGGUCAGAGUCUGAAGAGGAGUUGUACAGGACCAACGGUGUGCAAGUCGAUGGUUACCAUUGGGCUAACGGUUGUAGUAGCAUGAACAGUGCCCAUGGAUCAGAGCUUGGCCCAUUCCGUGGGGUCGGCGAGGACUUACAGUGA